AUGCCUCCCCCUCAGAUCAAACAAGAUCUCAACCGAUCGGGAUGGGAGUCCACCGAUUUUCCUUCCGUAUGCGAGAAUUGCCUCCCCGAUAAUCCGUACGUGCAGAUGCUCAAGGAGGACCAUGGCGCCGAGUGCAAAAUUUGUACACGUCCCUUUACCAUCUUUCGUUGGAAAGCCGAUCGAACGGCACGCACCAAGCGAACCACGAUCUGCCUGACUUGCGCACGCCUGAAAAACUGCUGCCAGUGCUGUAUGCUGGAUCUGUCAUUCGGUCUUCCAAUUGUUGUUCGAGAUGCUGCCCUGAAGAUGGUUGCUCCCGGACCGGAGAGCUCAAUCAACCGCGAAUACUAUGCGCAGGAACACGAGAAAGAAAUCGAAGAGGGUCGUGGGGCGGUGGAAGCAUACGAGAAGACAGACGAGAAGGCCCGUGAGCUUUUGAGAAGACUUGCGAACAGUGAACCUUACUACAGGAAACCGCGACAGCGACUUGAGGGACCGUCGGAGGAAUCGAGUGAGGCGCCGCCUACAGACGCCCCCGUUGUACAUAGUCGUUAUGGCAACGGACCGGGACCCGUUCGCACGAGUGAGAGCCGAAGAGGUACACCACUACCGGGGCGAGGACGUGGAAACAUGCGCGGGGGCCGUGGCGGCCGUCCUUUCCCCGGCACCGCUCAGCUGCCCCCCUCACCAGAGGACUAUCUUCCCCCGGCCGAUCCGAACGUCACAUCGCUUUUCGUGACGGGCGUGGAGGAUGAUCUUCCAGAACACACCUUGCGAACCUUCUUUACGCAAUUCGGCCAGCUACGGUCUUUGAUUUGCUCCCACCGGUCCCACUGCGCUUUUGUCAACUACGCGACGCGAGAGGGCGCCGAAGCUGCCGCGCAGCAUUGUCAGGGCAAAGCUGUCAUUCAAGGAUGUCCCCUACGAGUCCGGUGGGGCAAGCCCAAGCCUUUGGACAACUUGGAUCGGGAGGAACGGAUGAAAAAUGCUCGCGAAGGGCGGCAGACCGUGCAGACACCAAAGGGUGGCAACUCAGGCAAGAGGGCCAUCGCAGCUGCUGACGAGUCCACCACAGAGAAGUCCCAGAGUCGGCUAGUGGCGCCGCCUCCUGGAAGCGGGGAGGUUCAGUAUUCCAGCUUGUCGGGGGAUUGA